UUAACCUUCGCGCAUGGACGCAAAUAGUCAACAAACUGAUGUCAACAGCCAGUUAAGUGAAGUGCGCGACGUCUGCCGUAUGCAGCAGGUGAGCAAGUAGCUGACUGCAGGCAACAAGAGCAAUACUGCAAGCUUCUCGAAAAGUGAGUCAGCAGUGCUCUGUUCAAUUUAUGUAAGGGGUUGGUUGUCCAGCAAUGUUGGUCAUUGGUCAUGCGUGGUUGGGGCGAUUAAGUGAACUGCUAGAAAUGAACAGAAAGAAUACCAACAACAAUAAAUAGCCAUUGGACAGCUGUGUUGACACGACAAACUGUGUUAAUGUUUAUAUGCCACAUUUUCAUAAUUAUUGGUGCAUUGUUGUAAAAAAACGAAAAACAAUUAAUAUUGCCAUUUUUAUUUUUUCUUUCCAAUUUUUGUAUAAAUUUCCUCAACCGACCAUAAUUGUAUUCAUUCGUCGACUACUUCGGCACAGAGCAGUGAUCGAAACUUUUAUUAAAAAAUAUUAUAGAACUUUUUGUCAAAAGCGAGUGGUAAUAAGUCAAUUCCGCCGAAAAAAAUAUACUUUUUUUGAAUUUCCUUUUCCACAAAUUAACCUAUAAAAGCAACACCACAUUUCCACGCUUAAGUUAUUUGUUGUGUGCUACUGUUUGCCGAAAAUUGAAAUUCGUGCUGUUAUUUACUUUAAAUUUUUUAAUAAAAAAAUCACGGAAUUUUUGAUCUUAAAAUGAUAUUGGCACUGAAAUUUCUUGUGUCCUGUGUGUUCUUGAUCGUUAGCUACAGUUGUGCCGAAGCAGUGGAAAUCGAUUGCCAGCGGCCGCCGCGCUUAGUGGAUCCAUCGCUUUGCUGUAAAGAUGGCGGCCGCGAUCAAACCACAGAGGCAUGCGCUCAGCGUAUGGGUAUUGGCGGCCAACACAACAAUGGACCACCCACAGUAGAAAAGGCUACGUGCUUCGCCGAGUGUAUUCUCAAAGAGACGCAAUAUAUGCAAGUACCGGAGAAGCUCAACUAUGAUGCUAUGCGCGCUCAUUUGCAGAACAAAUUCAGUAAUGAUUCCGCCUAUGUGGAGACCAUGAUGCAAGCCUAUCGUAAAUGUGAACCUGUGGUGCAGCAAAAGUUGCAGGUCUUCAAACGGACACCACUCGGAGGAGGUGCUGCUGCACUGCGACGCGGCUGCAGUCCCUACUCUGGCAUGCUGCUCGGCUGUUCAUAUAUGGAAUACUUCAAGAAUUGUCCGGCACAUCGCUGGACCGAUAAUGAACAAUGCGCUUUGGCGAAACAAUUUGUGACGCAAUGCAGCUUGGGCGCCUAACAUACACACU